UUUUUGAUUUGAUCCUGAAAACUAGCCUGCGAGGAACCUGAGCCAAGGACCGACCCCACAGGCUUGGAAGGUAACUUGGCCAGGAUCAUACAGGCUGUUAAGUUGCUGACCUGACACUCAAGUAUACUAUGUCUUUGCCUCCAAUUCUGCGCUCUGUCCGGAACGCUCUGCUUCCUUCCUCGGUAGCCAAGGCUCUAGUCUGCCUCCCUUCAGCCCAGCUUCAGCUGGGGUGAUUGGAAAUGGAUCAAAGGAUGAAAAAAGAACGGGACUGACCUAAAGGGAACUGAAAGUAUUUGCUGCGAAGGGGAAAUCAGAAGAAAGAAAAAGGCAGGGGGCCUCCGGGGGAAGGCCUCAAAGCGAAUGCUUUCUGGGGAAGGUGGGACCACCGCCUGUGCCCCUCCAUGGGGGCAUAAGAAGGAUCAAAGCUGCCUGGCCUUCCCGGAGGGUGGAAUUGAAGUGUGGGCGGGGAGGCACAGCAAAGGCAGGUCUGUGUCCUGUCUGGGUGACAGAAGGCAAGAGAGGCAGAGAGGACGCUGCGGGAAAGUAGAAAAAGAGGAAAGGAGGGGAUAUAGAAGCACACAUAGGAAACAAGCAAAAGCAAGUCUAGGUAAAGACGUUGCAGUUGGCAUGUACUUAGACCCGGGUGUCAACUUGGAGAGCUUACCCAGCUCUUCGACCUCCCCGGGGUCCCCUGCUCCUUUCCUGCCACAUUUCACCCCCUUAGGCAGGGCUCCACUUCUCAGCCCACGCGCCCCCAGCCCCCCCAUCUUCACAGUGCCUGUUGGAAUGGGGGCAGUGUGGGAUAAUGGCUCUUGGGUCCCCAUGUAGCCUUCUGCACGCUGCCAGGAGGUGGGAGAGAACCGGAACAUGUCCUGGGAGUCUGCUCUUUGAACAAGGAAGCCUUGCUGGGGCAGAGCGAUGGACAGGAUUCGGAAGCUGGUUUUGUGAGUCACUGUGAACUCUCAGCACCCGCCCACUUGAGGCCAACUUGGAAAGCUCGGCUUGUAUGAACUGUCGGACCAGGUCCAGGUACUGGGACUUUCUCAGUGGCCUUGUUAGCUCUCAGCCGCUGAGAACAGCCUUGAGUUGAGGAAAUUGUGGCCGGACAAAUAGCAAGGCAGUUGUGCUCCCCUGUCAGUCACUCUGCUGCUGGCUGGCUGCAGCUGAGCCCGUGCCCAGCAGUGUGUCUGGCGGAGAGGAGCCGGCUGACCCGCCUGUCCUCUGGGGAUGUGGGGGCUGUCUCUCGUCCUCACACUUUUGUUCCUCAAGGGGCCUCAGGGCCAAGAUUCUGCUAAACGUGUGGUUGGACUCUCAGGAACAUGUCUCCGGUUAUGGCCUCCCACGACACUGGCAAAGAACAUAGAAUCUGUUCAAUGGAAGAGGCCGGGGCCCUCACCUUCAGAAUUUUCUGUGAUACUGACAUGGAAGUGUGGGUCUAAUUAUUGCAGCGAUAAAAAUUGGACUUUGAAUCAUCUCAACAAAAGAUUCGGUUUUAUAACCCAGAACUUAAGUCUCACCAUCCAGGCAGCUCAGCAGCAGGACAGCGGCUUCUACAUCUUUGAGGCGACUGAUGAGCAUGGAAAAGUUAAGAACUACACGUUCCAGGUUUCUGUGUUUGAUCACGUAGGGGAGCCCCACGUACUACAGGACUUGAAGGUCCUGGAGGGAGGGAGGUGCCAAGUGACUCUGUCCUGCUCGGUCCCCAGCGGUGAUAACGUGAGCUAUGAUUGGUAUAGAGGGAGCGUGCUGAUCGAGACAGCAAGGAAUCACAGCACGCUGGAGGACCAGAUCGAUGCCAACAGCUCGCACAUAUAUACCUGCAAUGUCAGCAACUCGGUCAGCUGGACAAACCGCACCUUCAUCCUGCACUGUCCGGGUGACUCCCAGCAGGACAAGUCUCUGCACUUGUUGGUGAUCAUCGUGGUCCUUCUAAUCACGCUGUUCCUGGGCGCCCUCACCGGCUUCUGUGUGUGGAGGAGGAAGAUGAAGCAGUCACAGGACGGCACAGAGGAGUUUCUGACGGUUUAUGAAGAUGUCAACACCGUGCAAAUCAAGAGGAAUCAGGAACAGAAGCCGAAUCCCCCUGGAGAAGGGAGCACCAUCUACUCCAUGAUCCAGUCCCAGCCUUCUGCUUCCACAUCACAAGAAGCAAACACCUUGUAUGCAUUGGUACAGCCUUCCCGGAAGUCUGAAUCCAAGAAGAAGAACCACGGCCCUUCCCUCAAUAAUACUAUCUAUGAAGAGGUUGGAAAGAGAGAGCUCAAAGCCCAGAACCCAGCUCGACUGAGCCGCAGGGAGCUGGAGAACUUUUCUGUGUAUUCCUAGUUGCUGCCGCUGGUCUCCCUUCUCUCAUCCCAGUAUCUGCUUUGGGACUCAGCCCAGUGGACGAUACCACAUGAGUCUACAGAACGGUGCCUGGUCUGGAGAGGAUACGGGAGUUCGUUCAGGGUCUAUAUCUUGUUCUUAACAUGAUUUCUCUCAGCCAAGACUGUUAAAUAAUAUCUCUCAACUUACAGACUGGACAAGACUGGGCGGAGAGGUUGGGUAGUUCUCGAAAGACUGCAAAGCAGGUCCACGGGCGGGCACACCACCAGUCUCUCAGAUGCUAUGCAAAUGCAGAGUGUUGUAUUAUUAGCAUCAAGAUCCCUUCCCCUGGAUUUCUAAUGUGUUCCUCAUCUCUCCUCUUGUUUAAUCUGAGAAGACCACAUUUCUAGACCCUCCCCUGCCCCAGGCCCCUCUUCCAAAGGGGAAGGAAAGAUCAUGGUGACUCAGGGGGAGAGAAACAGCUCCACCCCACGAGGAUGAACUAAGUAGCUGUAAGCUGCCGGCAGGUUCUCCAAGGGACCGGACUUAGGCUGUCCUCAAAAACAGAGGAAAAACUCCCCCACCACAUAGUAAACCUUUACCUCUGGCCGCUUGGUCACAAGGGAGAGGGCAGGAGUGAGAGCAGAUGGUACAAAGUAAACCCAUCUCAGAGUGGAAAAAUCACCGUGAGUCCAUGCUGUCCCAGUAACUGGGCCGUGGGACCAGUUUUGUCUGCGGUAUGAUGUGUGAUUAUUAACCCGUUAUUGAUUAAAAACACAUAUUCAGAAA